UACUGCUCUAAAAUAGGACGGACACGGCGAGAAAAGUUGUGGAAAAAUUACAUUUAGCGGAAUCAAAAUGGACGAAGCGUGGAAAAUGUGUGCUGCCUGGUUGAUACAAUGUGGGGCUUUACCCCCAACUCAUAAAACUACUUGGGCAGGCGCUCAAGUGUUUGAUCUUGCCCAAACCUUACGUGAUGGUGUAGUCCUAUGUCAACUUCUGAACCACCUCAGCCCGGGUGCCGUGGAUCUUACAAGAGAAAUCUGCUUGCGGCCACAGAUGUCACAGUUUCUUUGCCUAAAGAACAUCCGUACAUUCCUACAAGCCUGUUCUGAUGUCUUCAAUCUCAGAAGUCAAGAUCUGUUUGAUCCUAGUGGAUUAUUUGAUGUCUCUGAUUUUGGGAAGGUAAUCUACACAUUGUCUAAGCUUUCACAGUCACCCUUGGCAAUCCAUAGAGGAGUACAAGGUUUUGCCGUUCGAUUUGAAGAGGAAACAGCUGAAGAGGAAGAUAUUUAUAAGAAUCUUGAAGAUCUUGCCGAUGAACAUGAUUUGGCCAAUGAGGGCGACAUUUACGACACUGUGGAAGGCGAAGAAGAUAGCAUAUACGAUGACUUGGUGUCGCUUCGAAAUAAAGCCAAAAAGUCAAUGUCACAGCAGCCAGAACCUGAGAAGAAAGGCAAGAGACAAUACUGCAUCGAGGAGAUUGUGGAAACGGAAAAGAAAUAUGUAGAUGCACUUUAUAUGUUAGUCAAUGGUUUCAAGAAGCCCCUAAGUCACUGCAUCCCACCCAAGGAAAUGAAGAAAAUCUUCUUGAACAUGGAGGAGCUUCACGUUGACCACUGUUCCUUCAAUGCAGACCUCUCCGCUGCCCACAAUCCCAAACCCUCACCCAACAAGAUGACAAUUAGCCAGGUCUUCCUCAAACAUAAGGAGAUCUUUCUACAGUACGGUUACUACUGCUCCAAUCUCAUGCCGGCGCAAGAAGUCAUUGAUGAUGUCAUGAAGGACCCCACGGCCAGACAGAAAAUUGAGGAAUGUCAGUUUAGAGCCAACAAAAACAAGUUCAGAUUGCGAGACCUUCUCAGUGUUCCUAUGCAGAGAUGUAUGAAGUACCACUUACUGCUAAGGGAACUCAUCAAACACACAGAGAAGACUCAUCCUGAGAAACCUGAACUUGAAACAGCCCUGGACAUUAUGCAGGAUAUUUGCCUGUAUGUAAAUGAGGUGAAGAGAGAUAAUGAAGUUAUGCAAAACAACAAAGACGUCCAGAAGAGCAUGGUAGGCUACAAAGGACCACAUGUCAAUGAGUACGGUCGCCUACAGAAUGAUGGAGAGCUCAAACUAAAAAACCCUGGUGGAACAAAAAAGACCCUGGUCGGGGGCCAUCAGAGGUACUGUUUCCUCUUCGAUAAAGUCAUCAUAGUCUGCAACAAGAGUGGCAAGCUCGGUAUGGAAAAGUUUUGGGGGCAAGAGAAUCAUGAGUUUAACUGCAUCAUUGAUCUGGAGAAGUACAAGAUUGAAGACAAUCUUCCUAAGGGUCGGAGUGGAAAGUGGAAUUGGUGCUUUUGGCUGACACCAGUCAAUAACAACAAUGAUGAUGUGUCCCCAGUUGAAGUGUCUUGUAAAACGGAAGAUAUGAUGCUGAAAUGGGUGGAGAACAUCAGGCUAGCACAGGAUAACAUUAGUCCUCUUCCAAACAGUCAACACAAGUACGUCUACACAAGCUUCACCGAUCCUGCAUACUGUAAAGUCUGUAAAAAACUUCUAAGAGGGCUUUUCUUCCAGGGCUACAAAUGCAGUGAAUGUAAGAUCUGUGUACACAAAGAGUGCCUCAAAUCUGACAGCAUUCAAUACUGUGAGGCAAGGAGAUCCUCAAGAGCAAGCGGCUCAGGUUCACAGAUUGUGAAAGGCAGCAAACCUUACAGAGGUCAACCUGCUCCACCAAGCGGCUGCAAAGCUCUUACAUUUGAACUGAAUGAUGUGAUUGAGGUGUUAGACAAAGAGGAUGUCACAUGGUGGAAAGGGAGAUCCUUAAGAACCUGUGCAUCGGGUUAUUUUCCCUCACGUUUUGUGGUUCCAAAGAGACAGAGUACAGUUAGUACGAAAACAAACUAUGAGCCUACAACUCUCACUGGCAACAAUCAUCCACAUCAGUAUGUGAGUCAAAGUGCCUCCAAGUCCAAACUACUGGAACAACAAUGGUAUGUGGGUAAGAUGGAUCGUGGGACAGCCAUUGAGCAGCUAAGGGACAAACCAGAUAGCUGCUACCUGGUACGAGAUAGCGUCAAAGAUGAAUUUCAAACACAUGCCAUCACUAUCAAGCAUGACAACCAGGUCAAGCAUAUUAAAGUUCUGUUCUACAUGGGCAAGUAUGGACUCGUGGAUAAAGACUCCUGCGACUUUCAAACAUUACCAGAACUUGUCAAGUUUUAUACUGAAAACAGCCUGAGUGAAGUCUUCAAUGGUCUCCAUUCAACACUCAAGAUCCCGCUACGAGCGCAACCCCAAAAUGGACCCAGUGCAGCUGCAACUCCAGCAUUCAACCACUUAGAAACCAACCAUGUGGAUUCCUUCAAAGCAAAACAGGCUGCUCCUUCGCCUGAAAUGAACCGACAGAACCCCCAUAAACGCUUUACAGUCAUUGGUCAUGCGAGGGCCAUCUUCAGCUUUACAGCGCGUGAAUCAUGUGAGCUAGCUCUGCAAAAGGAUGACAUCGUUGAUAUUGUCAGCAAGGCUGGAGGAACCCGAGGCUGGUGGAAGGGAUGUGUUCGGGGGAAAAUUGGGUACUUCCCAUCAACCUAUGUUGAGGAGGAGGAGUAAGGAUGGAGAGUCACCUCUCAGAACAGGAAUUCUUAAAAACACUCUAUUUGUCAACGGCAGAAUCUACUCCAAAGAUCACAAUCAAUAACUCUCCAGGAAUCUUGCUGUUGUUCAUGAUGUAUCUCAUGUAUGGAAACGUUGAAUUAUUUUGGAUUUUGAGUUGGUAGUUAAUAUUUCUCAUAAUAGACUCCUUGUUGGACAGCUGCUCUUCAAACUUCAGUUCCCUUUCCGUUGGAUGUCCUACACAAAGUAAAGUAUCAGACUGCAGUUCAAGUAUAAACACUGCUCAGUUGUACAUUAAAGGUUGUGCGGUGAAUGAAGGGAGGUUCAAUCCUGAUAUGAGAGACAUCUCUGUGAUGAGAGACAGUUUCCAAGAUGGCAACUAUCUCUCCCUCCUUCCAUCAUAGUUUCAAUGUCCUCUCUGCUGCAGUGUUGUAGGAUGUUCUUGUCAGGGUCUUCGUGAAAACAUUCUAAACAGUGUGGGAGACUACUCACAACAUUGUGGCAGACUACUCACGACAUUGUGGCAAUGUCUUUCUAGAGUUCUUUCUCAACAGUAUGUUAGAUCCUACUCAGAAAUCUGGGGAGGUCUUAUCAUUGGAGCAACUCUAUGGAAGAGCCUUCUCAACACUAUGGAAGAGCCUUCUCAAAUCUAUGGAAGAGCCUUCUUGACACUUUGGAAGAGCCUUCUCAACUCUAUGGAAGAGCCUUCUCAACACAAUGGAAUAAAGAUCCUUCUCAACACUGUGGAAGAGCCUUCCCAACACUUUGGAAGAGCCUUCUCAACACUAUGGACGAGCCUUCUCAACACUAUGAAAUAGCCUUCCCAACACUUUCGAAGAGCCUUCUUUACACUGUGGAAGAGCCUUCUAUAAAAAACACUAUGGGAGAUCCUUCGCAACACUUGUGUGGUCUUCUCAAAGAAUCUUGGCUUCAGCAUUGGAGAUUCUUGUCAACAUAUUUGAGGAGUCUUCUUAGAGAUCCUUUUCAACAGCAUGGCUGAGUCUUAGCAUUGUCUUCUCAAAGAGCUUUCCAUGACAAUGCUUACUACUCUGCAGUAUGGAGAAGUCUACAUGUGGGAAUGUUAUCCUGCAACCAGCAGCCUCCCAAGACUUUAUGUUAUAACGAUUGUUUUGGCAGUUAAAUGCUACUUUUUAAUGGGAAAAUAAUUGCAGUGUUGGCGGUUAUAAUCCUAGAUGUUUUUCUAGUAUCCCAUUUUUAAAGGGAUUUUUGUUUCUUCUAUGAUAUCACUGGGUGCCUUGAGCAAUGACCAUCAUGUUCUGUCCAACAACUACUUUAUAAUAAUGCAAACCUCUAGAGGCAAGUACUCUUAGAUUUGUUUUUGUGUUAGAGAAAGGUGUUGCAAUGCCAGCUUUAUUGUGCGGGGAUUGGAAAGCUGGUGUCUGAAGUGUGUGAAGGAAUGAAAGCAAGUAAAAAAGCUCUCAAAAAUAAAAGUACACGAUUUCUUGUUUAGUUUUAUCAGCAAGAUAAACUGUGAUAAUGUUUUCAUUCCUUAAAUGGCAAGUUUAAUGGUUGCAGUUGUCCUGUUUUCGCAUCAACCAGUGAAGGGCAAGAAGGUUUCCAUAUUAUAAGUCACAUACCUCAAAGAUGAGGUAAGCCUUCCAUUAUUGAUCAAGCUUUAAAUAGCGAAGCACCACUAUCGGUCAAUGAUGUGCCAACCUUUGACCUCAGCGUGGAGGCUGUUUGGAUGUACAUGUGGCCUAGUGCAAGUGGUCUCUUUGCAGUUCCAGUUAACGAGUUCAAAGAUAAAACCAUGGUGUAUUUUUCCAUAAGCCCUUCAUUGCAUUGUUAGCCGUAACUUCUGCAUGGCUAAUAAUGCAUUGCUAUAGACUGUCCUUUAUAUAUACAUUUCCAAUCCUGCGAUCCAAACAUGAUACCUGUAGACACAUCGCAAUGGAGCUAUGUAUAUGGUGCUACCCCAGACCCCUCCAGAUUGCACUUCCACCCUACACAAUUUUAUUUAAUUCUACUGGAAGAAACAAAAUUAUCAUCAUGCCUUUUUGUAUGAAAUUGUUUUUUUAUGUACUAAUGAAACAAUGCUGUUUUGGUAAAAUUCAAAGAAAAGGCAGGGAAAACAAUUUUGCAAAGAAUGUGUGGUGCUUCUCCCACAGGCCUUAAGAAAUGACAUAAAAACUACUUCUGCAUUUAUAGGGUAUUGGGGAAUGUGGAUUCUGCUUAUUGAGAAAGAAAUUGAAAAAAAAACUGGCAAUCACAGCUUGGGUAAGGGGGUUAAAUUUUCUGUUUGUGUGUAAGCCAAUCAGAAGGCAGUGGCAAUGACAACUUGGGCAACACCUGGCCAAUUAGCUGUAGAUGAUAACCAUUCAAAAUGACAACAAAGCCAUUUAAUGUGUCUAUUCUUGAAAAGAAACUUCUGUUUCUUAUGUGGGGUUGCUAUGGGAGUGACACUACAUAUCAAAACAAAAUACUAGCGAUUUAAGUGACAUAUAUAACAAAGGUUCAAGAAGGCUAGAAAAAUAUAUGUAUACUUUUCACAACAACUUUCCACUCUUUACAAAACCCACCUACCUACAACGAGUUAUAAGAAGCUUGGCUUCAUUGCACUGUAAACCACCCAACUUAUAGUUUCUAUUUUGUUUGAGUAUAAUGCAUCUCAAAAUGGUAACUAAUUUAUAUUUCAUAUUUUUGAUAAGGUUGAAAUCAUGUAGAGUAAAUGAAUUAAAUACGCAUUGUUUUAUUUUAUCAGGAACAAUCUUUAAUCAUGUCUAAGUAAAUAAAUUAUGCACAGAUUGCAACAACAAUUAAAUAUUAAAAAGUCAUAUUUUGUUUUUGUAAAAAAAAUGGUGUAUAAUAAUUAGCUUUCAUCUUCCCAGUUUAACACUUUCUGUUUGUUUUACUUUAAUUCUCAUUUUAUGUUGUACUUAAACAACUCAUGGCGUUCAUGUACUCAAUAAUAAUGUAAGUAAAGAUAAGCCAAAUACAGGAUUGAAUGUUUAAGCAAAGUUACUUGGUUUCAUUGCAAACGACUGUAAUGGACUAUACAUGAUGUACAUAUUGCAAUAUGGCAUUAAUUAUGGCAAUGUUUAGGAAUCCAAGGUAGUAUCUCUUACAGGAAAAUUGCUCUGGUAGUGGGAGACUUUGGGACAAAGAUGGUAGCUUCAAAGGUGACCAAUAUGCUUGAAUGGUAUACUAUCCCAUAGAAUUCAGCAAUCAAUACACUGGUUAAUUUUCAGCAAUUUUUUAGAACAGGGUAUUUACCUGGAAUAUCUGUAGCUGGUUUACAAACAAUCCGGUCGUUUUUGUUUAAACUGAAUCAAUGCUUUAUAUAUACCGUUAAAAUUGGAAGAGGUUCGAAAGGUCUACGGGUUAUCCAGACCCCAGGUCUGUUAUCCAGACCCCUACCAUAAUAUCCUCAAUCAAAAUGGCCUGGUACCAGAAUCAAAGAUAUCAAAAACAGGGUAACGUUGUGCCUGAAAAGUGUCUUUGGCUUAAUCAAUGCAUCUAUUAUCUGGCACUACAGCCAGAGUCAAGCAUGCUAACUCUUUGCACCAAUGUAAGGCAUGCUAACCCUGUACUUUUACAUGUAUACAGCCAAACUGAUAUAUUUUACUACACUUAACUUUGCCAUGUGUGAUGGCAGCUUUAUUUUUGCAUAUCGUUUGUUUUGUAAAGUCUGAGGUUUAGCUAAUUUAAUGGAUUCCCCUAGUUUUGAAUGCUUACCUUGAGAAAGUCUCUUACUGAAGAGAAUAAGACAUAAUUUGUAAUGUAUCGUUUUGAUAAUGUGAAUCAAAGUGAUUGCAUGUUACCAUGUUAAUUUGGAUUUAUCCUUAUUGCUAUUUUAUCAAUAAUAUUAUUUUGUGGUAAUGUACACUUUUGAGGCAGUUGAUUUUAAGGACUCAUGACCAAGUCCUUAUUUCGUGAAGCUCCUUCAAGCAAUUAAGCCAGUCACAAAUUGAUUCUACUUACCACUACAAGGUUACCAACCAAAAAGUUGUGUAACAAUAAUUACUAUUUGUGACUGGUAUCCUGCUAAUUUCGUCUGAGCUGAACAUUUUAAAGAAAGUUAAUAUAAGUAUAGCUGGCAUCAUUGGUAUAUUGUUUUCUUAUUUCGAAAUCUGUUUCAAUCUGCUAAGAACAGACUGAAAGAAUCCUGCUCAGGAUAAACAGCUUACAUCAGCCAAAAGAAAAUGUAAUUUUCAUUAUUGUGAUUUAAGCUCUGAUACCAUGAUCAAUAUAAUCAAAUUGCUGCUGUAUGACAAAACUGGUCAAUUUUAACCAAGUACAUAAUAAUUAUUAAGCUUGGGGGCAAUAAACAUUUAAAAGGGUGUUUUUAUUUGUGUGUUUUUUCUGUAAACCAUGUUUGUGAGUACAAAAUACAUAAAAGAUGUGUUCUUUCUCAAAACAGCUAAAUUUUGUGUCACCUGUGAGUACACCAUGGUGGCCAUAUUGGAGCUUAUGUAUGCAAAUCAAUGAGUUUCAGAGUGAGGCAAUAAUGGUGAUGUAAGGGGACUUGACCAACAGGGCAACCAGGAGAAAACAAAACAAAUUGUAAAUGUAACUUAAUCCAUAAUCUUUCCGUAUGUUUCUUUUUUGUUAAUUUGUACUGGAAGCAACCUUAUGUGUAAAUUAUGUAUAAGAAUUGAUGUAUACAUGUAGUUACAUAGAAUGAACUAAAUAUAUAAAACUGAUUCUUAAAAGGCAUCAUUAUUGUACAGUCUCGAUUUGGAAGGUAUAUCAUAUGAGCAGCAUGAGAACAUCAUGACCCCAUGUACAGCAAAUUUUGGGUCACAUUUUUUGUAUAAAAGGAAACAAAAAAAUGCCGGCAGGAUUUCGAUGAUAAUUAAGGACAUUUGUUUUUGAUGAUAAAAAGAAGUGGCUGAUUUGUUUUGCAGUAUACUGGUAAAGAGGGAUUCUCUCUAGGAUUUUUAACAAUUAUUUUCUUCUUUUUUUCCUUCUUUGUUUUAUUAAUUAUCUUUGUUACUUUGUAAUAGGCCAGAUGAAGUAAAUGAAAUUAUGAUAAAGUUGGUUUGUGGGGAGGGUUGUUUUAUCAUUAUUUUUUUGCUCAAAAUAUAUUUUGGACUUUAACAUUCCACAGUCAUACUUUGUUUAGUUCUUGCACUACAUCAAUAGGCCACUGUGUGGUCUUCACUUUUAAAGGUACAGUAAAAAGUAGAUUGGAAAAAAAAGCGCUUUGGAAAAUAUUUUGUAAUGCAUUUUUGGUAUCGGAAUGUAAAAGAAGAUGCGGUCAUCAUUCAGAAACUUGUCGCAGGAAAUGCCAAAUAUAGGAGCACAUUUAAAACAUGAUUUUCACAAUAUUGAUUUCCGCCAAAAUAUUAUAUUAAUCGGUGCUGUAACACUGCCCAUUUUUCCUUCAUCUUUUCUAACUAUCUCUCUCUCUUUUGUUUUAUUUAAAAGUCAAGUUUGCAGACUAUUCAGUAUUUUCCAAUGAAAAAAUGUUUUGGGUAAAGAACAGUCACUUUUUACCAGAAUACUUGUGAUUUAGUUUGAAUUAGUUUUUUUCCCUGAGCUGUGAAUAAAAUAUGAAGGACUUCCAAAU